AUGGAUCGCUCAGACGAGUUCAUGUGCUUAUGCAGGAAGCGCGACAAAGGCGUGUCCCUCACGCGCAGGGAAAAUAAGUGCAAGGAUGCCUUUCUUAUCCACAGCAGCAAAAUAUACACAACCCUCCUUGCCAACUGUGACUACAUAGAUAACAACACGCUAAAGCAAUAUAACCUCACAAUUCCCCGAAGCAUACACGUGAAGGAGAAAAAGACCAGGGUCAAAAGUAAAGGCAAUUUACUCUACGCCGUCAACAAAAUUUCAGAAGACAUUAACCUUUUAAAACCAAAGACGGAGACGGAAACACAUAAGCAUGUGUUAUGCUGCCUAAAUAGCCUCCUUGGUAUUUUCAUUGACAUUAUUAACAAGUAUGAACACAACUUAAGUAGCUACCAUUUGAAGUUGAAUCGAUACACGAACUUUUGCUUCUACGACGUGAAAGGCAUCAAGUGUAACUUUGAUUACCUUAGCAGAUUGAACCGUUACAUAUACGCAACCAAUUCAUAUGACAGCCAUUUUAGAAAACCCGAUGCACUUUUGGGCCUAACACAUGGAGGAGGUACCCCUGACCAAGAGACGCACUCAAAUAAUCACCACGCCGUUGACUCCAUCAAGAGCAGCAACACUGGGGAGCACCAAAAUGGAGAAAAUCGCCUCGACUAUCACUUAGAGAGAGAGAAAUGUGAAAAUUACCUUUUGGAUGAAGGAGGAGAGCAGCAGAACAUGGCGAAGGAAAAUUCCAUGAAAAACAUGACUGCGAGAAAACGAAGGGAAAAGAAAGUCGUCAAAUUCGAUACGUAUAACUAUGUUGAAGAGGAAGAGGCAAAAAGAGGGCAGGAGGGAGUAUUUCUCCCCACCUCGAGCAGCAAUUAUAAUUACACCCUCAACGCGAACCAACAAUUGGAAUUCAAAAAGUACGUGGACCUCUUUGAGAAGGAAGAAAACACCUACAUCAUGGAAACUAAAAGCAAAAUCGCCAAAAUAAGCAAACUAAUGAACAUAUUUGUUACAAAGAUAUAUGAACAGAAUGAGAACUUGAACAUGAUAGAGCACGUGGUGGAGGAAAGCAUAGAGAACGUAGCCCAAGGGAAUACCUACCUCAGUAAAAUACAAAACAAGAAAAGCAUGAACUCCCUCAUCUUCUUCGUCCUCCUGUGCACCUCCCUCUUUUUGCUCAUCUUCGAUUUGCUCCGAUAG